AUGUCAGCAUCAAACUUUGAGGUUUGCGGACCAGGAAUUGGUAUAGUGGCAAUAUGCAAAGGGGCAGAAAUCGCAUUGGCUAUGUCGGUAUUCCUGCCGCAGAUCUCAGGUACUGUUUGCAUCAAUGGGACCAAUGUCAUCAAUGGAUCCGUGCUUUGCUACCGGGAUCUCUGCAUUCCGCUUACCCCUUACAAAUCUAAGUGUGUGAGGCACACUCGGCAUGCAGUGUCCUGCCUGUGGAAAAAGCCCAAGGGAACACCCUCUUCACACUGCACCCUUCUCUCCUAUCCGGGAGCAGGAUGCUUGCUGGAGCCUCCGGGCUCACCAUUCUGCUACCAUUCCCGGUCUCCCUUUUUACCUCUCACUGUGUUAUGGAGCAGGGAAGCCCUGGCCCAUGCAGCAGCCCAAGAACAUGCACGGAGAGAGAUCCAAAAAUAUCUCCACCUUCACCUCAAACCAAACCAAAUUAGCAGGCUCUGA